GCGCUCAGCGGUUCCGGCAUCCUUAUUCCCACCAGCAAGUAACAGACAUGAAGAUUGCGCUAGGUGCCAAGGCGAGCCUCCGUGUUUCCUACAGACGACCCGGCCGCACAUGAUCUUCUUCUGUAAGGCACUUGCCCGACUCAGGUCGUUAUUUCUCUCAUCCAUUUCUAAGGACGACUCACUUACUAACAAGAUUUGGAACAUUCUACCUACCCACGGGCGGACGCCGAAGAGAUAAUCCGUGACGGGAUCCAGGAAACCGAAAUGGACAACGGCGUUGCGUCGGACUUCGCCGUCGCCGGCUCGGUCGAGCAGCGGGCCUUUGCUAUUCUGAGUCAGCUGUGCAUGUUUAUCUCCCAGUCUCGGUCACACCUUCUUCCUGGUGGUAGACGGUCCGGCUGCUCAUGAGCUUCUUUUGCUAGUUCAUCGGGUUAUGAUUCUCUCAUCCCGUUCUGGAGGACAUCUCGGUGAGAUACUACCCCCGGUCGAACAUAACAGUGGUCGGCCCUGACACGAUCGACACGAACAACAAUUGUUGCAUCGCAUCUCACCCUUGGAUUUUCACCCAUAUUCGUGCGUUUCUUUCCUAAUUGGAUAUGUCCUGCAAUUGUCCGUUGGUCCAACUCGCUCAGAUCAUGUCCACUGGACCAAUUGCUACCGAAAUACGAACCACUCAGCACCAGGUUCGUUCGCUUCAUCCCGAUGAAGAACCUGUUGCGAUGUUUCUUGGUUAGAGGACGAGGGGAGGAGAGGUAAACGCUGACGUCCGCAGCUGAACGAUAUCAUCGCCGUUUAGACUAUCACUGGGAGCGUACCCUCCAUUGCUGCCACCAUCGUGCCGGCGCCCGGUUCUCAGCGCGUACAACCACCUCGCUCAUCAGCACGUUCUUUCUCGCCGACUGACUCCGGAAUAUACAGCACUCUGACGCCGUGAGUCGUAGGUGAAUUGGAUCUCGACUUCAAUCGUUGGAGUAAACAGUGGGCUAAUACCCAUCCAUCGCCCCGAACAGACGCUCUAUGGACUGUGACCGAGGCGAUCAUCUAGAGUGCCACCUACAAAGCAUAAACAGUGAAUAUUUGAGUACGCUCACCGAUACUGAGGAUCCUUUCCAAUUCUGGUGACAGGUGUGACCAUCUCAGCCAGUUACGCAGGCACUAUCUCGAUUAGGAUUCAUAUCCUCCCGAAUUGGGGAACACACGUUGCUUAUAGAGAGCAUCUGGUGGGAAGUCGCCAGUCCCGUUACAUGAGCGUCCUGAUUCGGUUCACAGCGCUCAACAGUACCGACAUGCUUCUUGCUACAUAUGCGCCAACUGGCCCCUGUGCAGUCUGGGACGACUCACUCUAAGCUCAUGUGCAUACAUGUAUGGUCACAUUUUGUUGAAUGCGACUGUAUGCUGUCUGGGAUGAUCCAAGUCGAUGCAUUCCAAGGGCGGGUGCGUAUAUAUAGACGAUCUCCGGUGUAUCAGGCCGAACCCAGAAGCUUGAUCGACUGAUGCCGGCCCUCGAUCAUCUUUGAAUGCCACUCACGGAUCACAGAGUGGACCUUCGAGAUCUCUCAGGGCUCACUCAUUCCAAAAUCCCUCCCUCCGCUUGCGACAGCUGUGAUGACCUGAGCUGGGUACCAAGUUAUGUCUUCGUACUUCCAAUCCACAACUGACUCGCUGCACCUCUCGAGCCAUUGCCGUGACUUCAUCGGCAUCCCUCCAAAUGAGGAGAACACGCUACUCGGAGAAAGAAAGGAGAGCGAUGUCGUCAAUCCCGUUACAUUAGCGUCCUGAUCCAGCAUCGCAACGAUCUUCAGUGCCGAUAUCCUGCCUCUCAUUGGCAGCAGUGGCGAAGCCCCGAUCUAAACGCCCUAGCGAAACUGACUAGAUGGGCUGAUGUCCUGUUAUUUCGUCCCUCAGAGGAUCGACUCGAUUGCUGAGCAAGAUCCGGAUCAUCUCUACCUAUCUACGCGCCGACAUAACGGGGGAUAGAAGUCUUACUGACGCUCACAAAUGAAGUAGGUACACUGUCCAUAAGAACAACACCCGUCAGACGACCAUGUUUCCUGGUCUUGUAUCUCCCGCACUGACCGGUGAUGCCACUUGUCCAGAUCGCAUCCGUUGAACCGAUUGUCCCAGAAAUUAGGAUCUCUCAGUACGCAGCGCUAUCCCCGUCCACGCCGACGAAGAACCAAAUCCGCGCUGCAGGAUGGACCGCAUAUACUUUACAAGACGAGGUUCGCGCCUCAGCUGAACGGUUACGCCGUCGCUUAGAGUGUUCUGUACACUGCUUUGAUCUUCCUGCUGAAGUGCAGGUCUCAGUGGAUGCUGUUUGCUGUUCUGCCCUCUGUUGACGACCUGCUCGACUUGGCUACU